UUGCAGAAAAAAAUAACAUCAAAGGAUGGAGCAGAAGAAGAAACUUGUGUAACAGAACCUCAAUCUCCAUGGCGCAAGCAACUGAGAACCCUUUUAAACCACGAACAGAAGCUUACCCAAACAAAAUCAACUUACAAUGAGCUCAAAUAUUAUUUCUUCCUUGCAGCUGAUUAACCUAAGAUUUGAGAGACUUUUUUCAAAUUGAUUUACUUCAACCAACAGAUCUGAGUUACUUGAGAUUCCACAAACACUAUUACAUAGCCAUUAAGAAUCUAUAGUUUAUUCCAAACUGAACGAAAACCUAGCUUUUUUAUUUGGCUCUUUACCUCAUCAUCAUUAAGUUAAUUUAUAAUCGAGGAAGAAGACGAAUGGGGUUUAGCUCACUCACUGGUUUGGGUGCUCGGAUAAUGGCUCGCAAUGCUUUUAAAAAAAGGAUAGGAGCUCACAGACGUUUCUGGGUAAGGCGACGGCAGAACAGGACUAGUAAAGCUGUUGCCAAUCCAGUGAAUUUUAAACUCCUCAAUGAAACCAGCAACGGCAACAACAAAUUCCAUCUGCAAAGAUGUACCAACAAGGUGGAUGAGGAAGUUACCAGGAAGAACAAGGGGAGAGGCAAUGGUUCUGAUUAUGGUAAUGACUGCAGCAGCGACACCAGCAACCUGAACAGCAAAUUCCGUCUGCAAAAAUGUACCAACAAGGGGGAUGAGGAAGUUACCAGGAAGAAGAAGGGGAUAUGCAAUGGUUCUGAUUAUGGUAAUGACUGCAGCAACGUAGAACUUAAUCUCCUCAAUGGAACCAGCAACUGCAACAACAAAUUCCGUCUGCAAAAAUGUAUCAACAAGGUGGAUGAGGAAGUUACCAGGAAGAAGAAGGGGAUAGGCGAUGGUUCUGAUUAUGGUAAUGACUGCAGCAACGUAGAACUUAAUCUCCUCAAUGGAACCAGCAACUGCAACAACAGAUUCCGUCUGCAAAAAUGUACCAACAAGGCGGAUGAGGAAGUUACCAGGAAGAAGAAGGGGAGAGGCAAUGGUUCUGAUUAUGGUAAUGACUGCAGCAACGAAGAACUUAAUGCAAUUUCAGACACUAUAGUUCGCAGUAGUUCCGGUCAAGUUGAUGAUGGAACUAUUAAUAAUGCAGAUAUAGUAAUGUGUGAGAUACUGAGCAGACUACCAGUGAAGUCACUUGCGCGAUUCAAGUGCGUAUGUAAACACUGGCGGUUCUUAAUUGAAAAAGACCCAUAUUUUAUUAAUCUACACCUUAGUCGAUCGAGAACACAUCCAAGUGUAUUUAUUAUCAUUCCCAUAGCACCAAAGGAACCAUUUCAACAUGUUAAAGGAACUUCUUACAUACACCGAGGGUACAAGAAUUGGUUUAUGACAGCUGAAUUAUUGUUUGAUGAAGGCCAAGGCGGCACUGCAUCAGCAGCAACUGUUCACACCAUACAAGAGGUAGAUGCAUCAUCUUACAACAAAAUUUUGGGACCUGUAAAUGGUUUGAUCAGUUUCUAUGAUCCUGUAAUCAACUCCGGUGUUCGUAUAUCCAAUAUCAGUACUCGGCAGGUAACACCUUGGAUUAAAUCAACAUUAUUAAGAAAAUUUAAAGAACAGGAGAGGGACUUUUGCCCCUAUAAGCAGGAUGUGAAAUGUGAAAUGGGAUUUAACCCUGCCACCAAGGAGCACAAAGUGAUAUGCAUAUGGGAUAUAUCACAUUCUUGCCCUUACCGCAGUGAGAUGAUUUGUGAGGUCUUGACUGUAGGUGACAAUAAAUGGAGAAAGAUUGCCGAGGUUCCGCCCGUGUAUGUUCUUGGAGUAGCUUCUGUUCAUGUGAAUGGUUCUAUAUACUAUAACACUUUGACUGUCCGUGAAGAUAAGGUUUUGCCUACAUCCAUAGUGGCAUUUGAUGUUGGCACAGAGAAGUUUAGAACGAUUGGAGUCCCUGAUUUCAUUGUUAGUCAGCCUCGGGAGACUGAUAAUGUCUUUGGUAGGGCUGUUGAUUUAUUAGAAGUGAGUGGCCACAUGGCUCUGUUAAGUAGAAUGAAUGGAUACACCGUUAAACUAUGGUUAUUUAAUGAUACCGGCAAUCAGAAUUGGACUGAAGUUAUUAUCAAAUUACCAUACUGUUGGGGUGGAGAUCGGCAGGUUCGUUUUCAGUUCAAGGAACAGACCUGAUUACCUUGGUAUCCAGUCAACUAUCUGGUGGUAAGGUAUAUAACUGCACUCAUCAUUCCUACAACUGGAAAAACAAGACUUUCACGGGGAUUGAAUUCAGUGGGAUCCCCUCCUCGGUGCCGUAUUAUUCUUCUAGUUCGAUAGUUAAACCUUUUGUGGAGAGCCUUUUGCCUGUGCAGUAAACCACCUCUCAAUCCUACCACCAAAAAGUGAUGAUCACUGAGCUAUCUGUUUUCUGAAUCUUAAAAAAAUAUUCACCCAAUUUUCAGCAAUUUUGUUAACUGAUGGUUAUUUUUAUCUUGGUUUGCGAUUUUCGAUCCAUCAUAUGAAUGUUUUAAGGUUGGUACUCGUUUAAUUAUUUCAUCUGUUGACUAGUAUGAUGCAUCCAGAAAUGUCCUGCUCCAAUGGAAGUUUGAUUA